AUGGCCGGGGUCAGCUACGCGGCACCUUGGUGGGUGAACCUCCUGCACCGGCUACCCCACUUCGACCUGCAGUGGGAGGCCACAAGCAGCCGGUUCCGGCCGGAGGACACAGACUACCAGCAGGCGCUGCUGCUGCUGGGGGCGGCCGCGCUGGCCUGCCUGGCCCUGGACCUCCUCUUCCUGCUCUUCUACUCCUUCUGGCUGUGCUGCAGGCGGCGAAAAAGUGACGAGCACCUGGAAGCUGACUGCUGCUGCACGGCCUGGUGCGUCAUCAUCGCCACACUGGUGUGCAGUGCGGGCAUCGCUGUGGGGUUCUAUGGUAACGGGGAGACCAGCGAUGGCAUCCACCGGGCCACCUAUUCACUCCGCCAUGCCAACCGCACGGUGACUGGGGUCCAGGACCGGGUGUGGGACACCGCAGCGGCCCUGAACCGCACGGCUGAACCCAGCCUGCAGAGCCUGGAGCUGCAGCUGGCAGGGCGGCCGGAGCCCCUGCGGUCUGUGCAGCGGCUCCAGGGCCUGCUUGGGACCCUGCUGACCUACACGGCUGCCAUUCCCUUCUGGAGGAACCCGGCUGUGUCGCUGGAGGGGCUGGCUGAGCUCGUGGACCUCUACGACUGGUACAGGUGGCUGGGCUACCUGGGCCUGCUGCUGCUGGACGUCAUCAUCUGCCUCUUGGUGCUGGUGGGGCUUAUCCGCAGCUCCAAGGGCACGCUGGUUGGGGUCUGCCUACUGGGGGUGCUGGCCCUUGUCCUCAGCUGGGCCUCGCUGGGCUUGGAGCUGGCUGUGUCUGUGGGCUCCAGUGAUUUCUGCGUAGACCCGGACACCUUCGUGACCAGGAUGGUGGAGGAGUACUCAGUGCUCAGUGAGGACAUCCUGCAGUACUACCUGGCCUGCUCCCCUCGUGCUGCCAACCCCUUCCAGCAGAGGUUGUCGGGCAGCCACAAGGCGCUGGUGGAGAUGCAGGACACAGUGGCUGAGCUCCUGAGGACUGUUCCGCGGGAGACCCCGGCCUCCAAGGACCCCCUGCUCCGUGUCCAGGAGGUGCUGAAUGGCACCGAGGUGAACCUGCAACACCUCACAGCCCUGGUGGACUGUCGCAGCCUGCACCUGGACUACGUGCAGGCCCUGAGUGGCUUCUGCUACGACGGCAUCGAGGGUCUCAUCUACCUGACUCUCUUCUCCUUCGUCACGGCGCUCAUGUUCAGCUCCAUUGUCUGCAGUGUCCCACAUACCUGGCAGCCCAAGAGAGGCCCCGACGAGGACGGGGAGGAGGAGGCGGCCCCAGGACCGCGGCAGGCCCCCGACAGCCUGUACCGCGUGCACAUGCCCAGCCUGUACAGCUGUGGGAGCAGCUAUGGCAGCGAGACCAGCAUCCCAGCCACGGCCCACACCGUCAGCAACGCGCCGGUCACCGAGUACAUGAGCCAGAACGCCAAUUUCCAGAACCCUCGCUGCGAGAGCACUCCACUCAUCGGACGCGAGUCCCCACCACCUUCGUACACGUCCAGCAUGAGGGCUAAAUACCUCGCCACGAGCCAGCCGCGCCCCGAGUCCAGCAGCAGCGGGGCCGCACCCGCUCACCCCUGGCACGGGGACCACCACCGGGCCUCCCCACCCUCUGCGAAGGCUGAGCUGGCUCCGCCCCCGGCACACCCUUCGUUCCGCCCACUCGCCUGCCACACUUGCUGCACCCCAGACCUGCCCUGCCUGUGGCCACACGUCCCCUCUCAGCCUCCCGGCCCCUCGACGCCUCGGGAAUCUUGUCUGCCCACAGGCCCCCGUGAGCCCUCCCAGAAGGAGACGUCUGGUGGCUGGGUCAGGCCAUGCCCUCUGCCCUACCGCCCUGUCGAGGAGGCCCCAGCCGUGGCCAGCGGGAAGGUGGCAGUGGACACGGUGCUCACAGACGGGCGCCUGUCCUUGCCCGCUUCUCGGUUCCAUGUCCACCUAGGACUGAUGGACACAGUGUGCCCGGAGCGGCGCCUGCUGCCUGUUCCAGAACCAACCAGCGCCUCCCUCUGCAGCCGAGCCCCCGCCCUGAGCCCCCCUUUCCUUGUGCUGGUGUCUGGGACCAAACGACGGAGGGGCUGCAUCUGCGCCCUCCACAAGCCAGCUCUGCCCUCGGCAGGGGGCCUGCCACCCUCCCUGAGUGGCAGCAGCCCCUGCGGAUGCAAUUCCAUGGUCAGUUUUGAGAACCCUGCAGAAGCCUGGCAGGUGGAGGGGCUGUGGCCGGAGCCACAGGCCAUUCCUGGCUGGCUGAAUGCAGCGCCUCAGAACAUUCCUCAAGGAGAUAUGAAGGCCCCCCUCCUGUGCUCUCUGGGGGGCCCUGGGCAGGAGCGACAGCAGUCAAUGACAGGCUGGCAAAGCCUCACCAAGCCCAUCCCUUUAGCCCCCAGCCACACGCAGGAAGUGGCCUCACCCGCACCCCGGCCCCCUGAGAAGGCUGGCAAGAGCAGCGGCAGAGCUGAAGGCUGGCAUCACUGGCACGGCGUAGCGCAGCAGGCGCUGGGGGCAGUGAGCGACGGCCACAUGCACCCUGUCCUGUUGAGCUCAGUGACCGUCACGUGUGCCCCACGCGGACCGAGCCUGCCACGGCAGCCCAACCACUGCCGGAUCUCCCUGCACAUCGCUGGCUCCCAUCGUGGUUAUUUUGACCGUAUUUUAAACUUUGUCAUGCUGCUGUUCACGUCAUAA